AUGUCCCCAAUUGUUCCUCUGUUGCUGCUGCUUGGCCUCCCUUCAUCUGACUCCGAGCUCUGCACGCCUGGAGCCGGCGACGAUGCUUCGCUACUGCAAUUUGAAGGCUCGACGAGGUUCGCGAGCACUGGCCAGCUGGAGACGCUCAGACUCAGAGCCGAUCAGAUGGCCGGCCUGACCAUGGGGACCCUGGACUCCUCCGAGCCUCAGCAUUUCCUCUUCUACGUUCCGCUGGCGGAGAACAAGAAGCAUUCGAUUGAGAGCUACAAAAGCAGCCUGGGCAGAAUGUGCAGCUUCAUAUCCUCCACAAAAAGGCAGAAUGUCGGCCUGGUGGGCGACGUCGAUGCUAUCGGCUCGAUGGUUUCAUCUUGCGGGAAGUUCACACACGGGCAUGGCAUGAAGCUGACGGACCUGAAGUAUGAUGAUGUUGUCGCCCGCAUUCCUUCCGAUGGGUCGUGCCGCCUGAAAUGGCAUCCGAAGGGGCCGGUGCUUCAGCGCGAUGUGGUGAAGAUCUGGUUGAACAAGCUGCCCGUACUCUGCAAGUACGCAGCGGAGAGACCCGAUGCCGUCACGACACUCAUUGAUGCCAACGCGGGCAGCAGUAUGUUGCCCUGGGCCAACACAGCCGCUCUUCAGCUACAACCUGGCAAGCUUGGCGUAAAAGCCUACUUCAAAACGCCGCAACACUCCAUUUGGUUUGGCAACAAGGAGUGCAAUCAAAGCCUGAUGGUUUAUGCGAAGUAUUUGGCUGUGCACGGCUCCGAUUGCCCCAAGCUCAUGCAGGCGUACGACCAGGUCUUGGCUGCUACCCGUGACCAUGACUCCGGCUGUCCGUGCUUCGAUGAAGAAUACCUGCUCUCGAGGCUGUAUGAGCAUCGGCCGGAGCUUUUCCAGUUCCAGGGGAAUCCUCGCUAA